ACACUGUAGGGGAACGAUAACUGUGAAGCUUACGAAAUAUUAUAAAAUAUGUUUUUAGAUGGAAGACCAAGUUAGAAGACAUUUAAAAAGCGAAGGGAGUAUUAUAUCUACCGCAUACUUAAAAUAUUUUUUUUAAAUGCAAUAAAAUAUAUUAAGUAAGGUUUAUCCUUAAAAAAGAUGUUUCAGCGAAAAAUACUACUAACUACUUAUAACAUAUCUUACAAAUAACUACCGGCUGAACGAAUUUAUCUUCCCUUUUCAGUGGCGGUGCUAUUCUCGGUGGAUCGACAGCAUGGAACCUAUUUCGUAUGUCGUAUUACUUCUGGACCACAGACUUGGGAGUUGAACUGGGGGCGAGUGUUCUCUUCCUAUCAGGAGCGCUGCUCUGCUUGCCUGCGUGUUGGCUGUCAACUUUAGUGCCCUAUUAUCAUAAGUCCAUGAGACUUUUGGCUACGCUUAUGGUGUUAGUAACCGCAGCGUUAGUACUGUUAUGUACUGGGAUGUCUUCAAUCAUGGCAUUGUCGAAGGCUACACGGGAUCCGGCAGCGCUUAAUGAAACUAUGUAUAGAUCUCUGUCAGAAGAGGGCGUAGAUCCCGCUGUGAAAAGCGCUUUCACAGCCAUGCAGAUUGAACUAAAGUGCUGUGGCGUUCAGUAUCAUACAGACUGGCUUCUACAUCGCCGUAAUGUACCACCUGCGUGUUGCGGUCGGUUGAGUUUAGGAAAGGAAAUUGAUCGGUGUGUGUAUCCGAUUUACACCAAGGGCUGCCUUCGACCAGCCAUCAGAGAACUACGUCAAUAUGUCAAUUCGCUUACUGUCGUUGCGUGUGGAAUAAUCGUUGUUAUGGCUAUAACCCUAUUUGCAACAUCUUACACACUGGUCUCGGGAGUAGUGGAGAACGCCAACAAAACCCUUCAUCCGUUGCGCGUUGCCUACCUUACAAACCCUCCUGCGUUCCUCAACAAUGCCAACGCCAGGAAUCUCAUUCCAGCUAUUUCCCCUCCCUCCCAAAAUCUGAAUCAGAACGUUUACCCAUCUCUUGUGCCCCCUAUCAACCCAGCCUUUUGUCCUAGUUAAAUUUUAGUGUUAAUAUUUAUUCUUUUGUUUUUUAAUUUAGCUAUUUAUAUACAAAAUUAUGCGCAUGGUCUAAACUAUAUUUCGAAACAGUCUUCAUCUGGUUGAACUCAGUUGAUAAUAAAAAUGCAUCAUAUGUGGA